UCUAGAAACAACCAAAGUGGAAGACCACCUGCAGUCGCCGGGUUGUGGACUCCUUACAAGGCGCCGUCUUGUUUUUCUGAUAAAUUUUCCACAAUGUCAAACCCAUCACCCGCUAACAAGCCUUCGAACCCAGACAACCCCCGGGUUUUCUUUGAUGUAGAUAUCGGUGGUGUAAGAGUUGGCCGAGUCGUGUUCGAGGUCUUUGCCGACGUUGUUCCGAAGACUGCCGAGAACUUCCGAGCGCUCUGCACAGGAGAGAAGGGCAUUGGCCAAAGCACUGGAAAGCCUCUUCAUUUUAAAGGAUGCCCAUUUCACCGGAUCAUCAAGACGUUUAUGAUCCAGGGAGGAGAUUUCUCCAACCAGAAUGGAACAGGUGGAGAGAGCAUAUACGGAGAGAAGUUUGAGGAUGAGAACUUCCACUAUAUGCACGACCGGCCGGGACUCCUGAGCAUGGCCAACUCGGGACCCAACACCAACGGCUCGCAGUUCUUCGUGACUACGGUGCCCACGCCACACCUGGAUAGCAAGCAUGUGGUGUUCGGGCAGGUGCUCAAGGGCAUGGGCGUGGUCAAGGUCCUGGAAUCCAUCGACACCGUGGAGGACGCACCCGUCAAGCCUUGCGUGAUAGCCGAGUGUGGGGAGCACAAGGCGGGUGAUGACUGGGGAGUGGCUCCUAAUGACGGCUCAGGAGACGCCCAUCCAGACUUCCCCGAAGACUCCGACGUGGACAUGAAAGAUAUUGACAAGGUCCUGGCAGUGGCGGAAGAUGUGAAAAAUAUCGGAAACAACUUCUUCAAAAGCCAGAACUGGCAGUCCGCCAUGAAGAAAUACUUCAAAGCUCUCAGGUAUCUGGAGGUGUGUGGGGAGAGUGUGGAGGAAGAGGGCGCCCAGAAGAGGAAGAAGCCGGUGGCCCUCAGCUGUAUGCUGAACACCGCAGCCUGCCAACUCAAACUGCAGCAGUGGCAGGACGCCAUCGACAACUGCAAUGAGGUGUUGGAGCUGGAUGAUACGAACACUAAAGCACUGUUCAGGAGGGCACAGGCUUGGCAAGGCCUGAAGGAGUUCAACAAUGCCAUGACUGAUCUGAAGAAAGCACAGGAAAUUGCUCCCACUGACAAAGCUAUCUCCAAUGAGAUGCAGCGUGUGAAGAACAAAGUGAAGGAGGAGAAGGACAAGGAGAAGCAAAUAUAUGCCAAGAUGUUUGCUUGAGGAGAUCGGAAGGGAACUCGACUCACUCACUCACCCACCCACCGCUUCGUCGUCGUCCUAUCCUCAUUGACUUGAAGCGAAACGUGUUUGAGUUUCGUUCACCCCAUUAGCUGACGUCAGGGCAGGGGGACAAAAAUAGUUCUACACCUUGUGGUCUCUUUGUAAUGACGCAGACAUAAAGAUAGACCGUCUGGAUACGUUUACGGUGCACACACACACUGACCUGGGCCCCAAGUGCUUUCAUGUAUUUAUUUUAUUUUUUUGGAGAUGUGUUUUGGUUGUGUUGGGGGUGAUGUGUGACGAAAGUCAACAGUUUGUUUACUUGCUUGCCAGAAGACCAUUGUUGAUCUUUGUAUAAAACAAAAUAAAAGACAGUUAAGUGUGAUGCACAUUCUUAAGUCCAACCCUU